UUUAUUCAACAUACUUCCGCGUUUCAUGUUUACUUUUCACCUGCAAAACGAAUCACUGUAAGUCUUGAAAGAUAGAUAGCUGCAAUAUUUAACGUGCAUUUCCAGUUUUCGUAAUGUUUAUUAAGGGUUUGUCCCGCAGUAUAUCUUGGUUGCAUUAAAGCAGCUGGAUUGUUGCUUGCUAAGUAGUUUUGUAGUUAUCAGUCCUUCUCCAACCAAAGGUCUGCGACACCUUCAGACGACUACUCAUCCUGUUCUUUAAGAGUUACCGGCAAUCAACUACAGAGAAAUGUCUGGUAAUCCUGCUGUGGUGAUGCGGCUGGUGGCGUCGGCUUAUUCAGUGGCUGAAAAGGCUGGGGCCAUAGUAAGGAAGGUGCUUCACAGCGGAGAGCUUGGCAUCGUAGAAAAGACAGGAGCUAAUGAUCUCCAGACGCUCGCGGACCGACUGGCACAGAAAAGCAUUUGUGCCUCACUGUACAGAAGUUUCCCCAACAUCACCAUCAUUGGAGAGGAGGAUCUUCCGUCUGAGGAGGUGCAGGAGGAUCUGAUUGAGAGUGGCCAAGCAGAAGAAAUCCUUCAGAAAAGCUGUCCAGAAGAUUAUAAGGCACUCAAAGAAGAAGAACUAGUUGUUUGGGUGGAUCCCCUUGAUGGCACAAAGGAAUAUACUGAAGCUUCAAGGUGUCUCCAUCUACAAGAUGUUGUCCAGAAACCACUGAAAGGGUUGAACAAGACUCACGGCACAGCUAUCUGGCUGUUGGACAACGUGACAGUUCUCAUUGGUAUUGCUUAUGAAGGCAGAGCAAUUGCCGGCGUCAUCAACCAGCCAUUCUACAACUACCAGCUUGGAUCAGGAGCAGCUUUAGGGAGAACGAUGUGGGGAAUGCUUGGAUUGGGCGCAUUUGGGUUCGAGCUGCGGGAAGUUCCAGCCGAUAAGCGAAUUGUCACCACCACCCGUUCCCAUAGCAACAAGACAGUGACAGACUGUGUUAACGCCAUGGAGCCUCACGAAGUUAUAAGAGUAGGGGGUGCUGGGAACAAGAUAAUCCAGCUCAUUGAAGGGAAAGCUUCUGCCUAUGUUUUUGCCAGUCCAGGGUGUAAAAAAUGGGAUACCUGUGCUCCAGAGGCAAUACUACAUGCUGUCGGAGGAAGACUGACCGACAUGUUUGGGAAUACUUACUGCUAUAAUGCAGAUGUAAAGCACAUGAACUCUGCAGGGGUUCUUGCUACACUACGCAAUCAUGAUUACUACGUCAACAGGGUGCCACCAUCUGUGCAGCAAGCCCUUAAGUCAAAAUGAGGACUGUCAUGAUGGCGGUCUGGGACAAAAGAAGUUCUUGGUCCUUCUAUUUCUGUCUUCUGUUUUGUUUUUUUUA